AUGUGUCCAGAUUCGCUUGGCGAGCCCAAUCCCCGAGAGCAGUAUACGAAUAGGCUAGAACUAGAUGUUUCUAUUGCACAAAAUGAGCUGGAGAUGAUGCGGUUUGGGCUGCAGCGACUAGAAGAAAGUCGACGUGCAAAGAUUGAAAAGCUGGCAGAGUUGCGCAACUAUUAUCAGUCACUCAAGCAAGAAAGUGCCAUAAGGACCGCUGCAGCAAAGGAGAGGCAAUAUCCACUACUCUGGCUGUGCACGGGAUUGUCUGUCGGCGUCCUCUUUCUGCUGGGCAAAGCACUCCUGCUUAAUACAUAUCAUUCCUCUUGCUAA